AUGCCGCAACGCAGGUCCGGCAUUUCGUGGACCAAUGCAGGGCUUGCCAACCCUGAGGCGAUAUUUAGAGAAGCGUUCGACAUGUUUUUCAGGCAGGGUAAUGUGGAAGCAUUGUCUGGGAUGCGCGUUGCAGCCACGGCAGGCCAUAUGGAAGCGUCAUAUCUAGUUGGACUACUUGGCAUGUCCGGAAUUGGUCAGUCAAAAGAGGAUGCAUUAGAAUUCUUGUGUUCUUUGAAUCAACGUAACAACAUUGAUAUGAAAGGAACCAGGGAUGCUUUGAGACGACGAUUAAGCGGAAUUUUCUCUGUUGGAAGACAUAUCGUAGAUAUGUUUCACUAUGGGAAGAUUAAGUUCAAUCAGUGCAGCGCUUGUAACAACAACGACUGGUGUUUUGUUAUUCCAGCUGGCCUAGUGAAGAAAAGAUCAAUCCUGCCUUCUGGACUUGUUGCAAUCGAUGCAAAUGGCACCGUGAGAGUGUUUUUUGGUUCAAGGUGA